AUGAGCAGGCAGGAGGCCAACAAACAGUUCUGGGAAGCAAUCUCCGACCUGACCAUGAUGUGCCACUUACUGCGCAGUAUUUCGAUGACCAUCUGUGGUAUGGUGACUUGGGAGGUCGAUGCAGAGGUUCAAGUGCACGCCAAAAGAGUAAUACGGCUUCUGGCUCUCUACUCCCUGGCGGUCCGGGAGUUCUUCCAGCGCACUGGGAAGAAUGCCACCACCAGUAAAGAGCAGAUGGACCGACUGCGACAGGAUGUGGCAGCAUUGGCAGGCGAUACAGAAUGGUCCAUCUUGUAUCCAGGAGAAGACAAGCGUGUAUCAGGCUCGGCUUCCUCUCAUGACACCACUCGACCAUCGAUUAUUCUCUUUUGGGUCACGCUCUCGCUGCGCAAGAUCAUGGACUACCAGGCAACAGAAGCACCAAUCAUGAAUGGUUUGCUGACGCAGCUGGCUGCCGUAGGCGCCUGCUUCUGGAAUAUGGACAAGAUCGACAAGACCCAGUUCCCAUUUCCGUACUGCCAGGUUGUGAAAUGGCUCACGAUCGUUUUUCUCGGCAUUCUUCCAUUUAGCAUUGCCGCAGUGUGCGGUUGGUGGACGCUGAUGUUCUCCGCAAUUGCGGCAAUUGGUUUCUUUGGCUUAGAUGAAGUGGCUGAGAUUCUCGAGUCGCCAUUUGGGAAUGACCCCAAUGACCUCGACCUACGUGGAUAUUGUGACGCUCUGAUGUCGGACAUGGAACUCAUAUGCCAAUGUCGAGAGUUGAAGCUGGACUUCGUUCUGAAAGAGAACGAAAAGGUCGAUUUCUCGCAUCUGCUGGCGAACUUUGACAAACAGAAGCAGUUUCAUCAACACUUCAAACGGCAGUCCGUCGCAUUGGCACAGUCGGGCGAAUUCUCACGCGACAAAUCGGGCGAAUUCUCACACAGCUCCGGGUCACAAGAGGAGGCUGGCAGAUCCGGUCUCAAGAAGGAUGAUGGCAUCCGGGGUGAGGCCUUGGAUUCUGUGAUGCCCGGAGCUGUCCACACGUCACGGGGUGAGUAG